GCAGGCUGCCUCACCGUCAGAGGUGUCGCCUAACUGAGCAGGGGCCCCCGGCUUUGUUUGUAAACAAUGUGCUCUGUGCAGCACCUGUGAGGCCGUCGCUCUGCACUCAGGUAGCGUGAGUCAAGGAGAUGUAGGUUUUAGGCAUAGAAAACUUAACGUGGGGAAAGUUUAGUCCUAAAAGCCACACAGGAAAGUCCUCUGAUGGUCAUAAAUACUUCUUACUUUGCUUGUUUUCCAGCAGUUCCUUAGCCUACGAGAAGACAGAAGUCUUCCGCAUAUUCUUUUGAAUUAAAGACCAUACAGGAUGCGUCUUGUAAACCUUGUAAUUAAGGGACAUUCGUUAAAACUCAGAAACACAGAGACACACACGGGUGACUUAUUCCACACUUAUUGCCGUGUUCCUCCGACCGUCCUGUUAUUGUUCUAUGCUGAAGCAUUGCGGGGAAGAAUGGAAAAUUCCAGACCACUGGGCCUCCGCUGUGCGGCCAGGAUGGUGGGGAUGAGGUCGGCCAUCAUCCCUCAAGAAUCCCUCCAAUGGAUGAAGGAUUGACAGGGCAGGAGCCACUGUGGGAUAAUUUAUAGAAGUAAAUCUGUAAUUGUCUGUACACCGGCCGUUGUUUAGCAUCCAUAAUUCCAGGUUCUAAUUCUGGGUAAAUUGGGCAUUAGUCUUCUGUAAUUUUUCUUGGAGUACCUUAACUUGCCAAAAGUCACAGGACAUUUUAGUCUUGGCCUAAAAGGGUCUUUUGAUGAAUCAAUCAUGGAAGGUUUCCUACUGAUAACUGACUGGAAGCUGGUAGUUUUGGGCUCUUUGGUGAAGAGGCUUAUCUUGGCCCUACCCUGACCCUACCUCUGUCCUCUGAUUUCAUUAGGUGGGAGUUCUCACAGGUUGUGGUUGGUGGAGAUGACCAUCCAUUGUUCUGUAGACCUAAAUACUUAUUGGCGUGUUUUUGGGCUUGCCCUCAGCAGGUGCCCACAGGAGGUGCCCUCAGCAGGUGCCCACAGGAGGUGCCCUCAGCAGUUGCCUACAGGAGGUGCUCUUGAAGCUGGGCAAUUUAACUCCAGUUAGAGAUGAAUUCAGCUCGCAAAUGAGAUUAUGGCUUUUUCUGGCAUGAUGAUCUUCCUCCUCCUCCUCAUCCUCACUUUAUGCGGUGUCAGAGUCUCCGCCUGGACAAAUGAGAUUCAGGGCCCCACAUGGGAGGCCAGUCUCUGGUGUGACGUCCCCACGACCCGUACAGAAGAUGGGCCGGAUGGGGGCUGCGCUUCUGGUCAGAGAGGAAACUACAGUGUAAAAACACAACACAGCACAACAAAUGUCACAGGGUGUCAUGUGACCAGCUACAGCCAUCUACCACUGCUUACCAAGGACACCCACGAUGCCAGAGCCACCCGCCUGAACAUCCUGUGCCGGAUAGACGAGACAGCAUCAAAUCUAAUUUGUAAUCUGGAGUGGCCCUCGAACCUACGUGGCACCGGCGUGCUGUCCGUGAACUCACAGGAUUCUCCAUCGGGGAUGGGUGCAGCGUGCGAAGCCCGCAGGAGGGAGGGGUCUGACUCUGUGACGUGCGUGUUGGCGUUGGGCGCUCUCGAUGGCCAGGUCACCCUGACGGUCAGCGUCUCCAGCUGCACGGGUCCUGUGCAGUCGCCGGCCAUGCGCUUCGUCCCGCGAACUUUGCUGACGCUGGUGCCCCCAGGGAACCUGCAUCACACCAUGACCGCCGAGGGCGAAGUCCACUUGGGCUGGACGACACCGCGACCCGAGAGCAGCCAGCUCAGCUGCCACAUCCGCUGUGCCCAGGAGUCGUCCGCCCACGUUUUCUUGGAGGUGAGGGACGCCAGCAGACCCGAGGUGGAGUUGAGUGGACUCAGCGCUGGAUUUAACUACAGCGUCCAGGUGCGCUGUCGCUCCCUGGAGGAGGCUGGCGUCUGGAGCGCCUGGAGCCCCCCCCUCUACAUUUACCUACGUGAAGUGACUUACCUCCCAGAGAGGUUAUUCGCCAGCACCGGUUCCAACGUGACGGUCCGCUGCGUGUUCAAUAACCGGAGCCUCCGCGCCGAAGAUGUGGCGUGGUGGCUGAACUACCACGAGAAGAUUCCGGAAAGCCAGUACAGCGUGGUGAGCGAGCGCGUGAGCAGCGUCACCCUGCUGGACGUGAGACCGCCGCGGCAGCGCGGCUACGACGUGCUGCACUGCUGCCAGAAGAGCGGGGCCAGCUCCCGCUGCAGCUACCCCUACGCGCAGAUUUACGUCACGGACUUCAACAUCGCCAUCUCCUGCGAGACCAAUGGCGACUUGUCCUCCAUGACUUGCCGAUGGAACGCCAGUCAGUGGGCUGAGGUCACGUUCCUUUAUAGGAAACACAACUUCCCCUGUGACGUGGCAGAACAGGAAGUGGGCGUGGUUCCCACAGAGGAGUGUCCCGUUGAGGGGAGGGGCUCCAACAGGUGUACGCUUCAGCCACUUCUGCUAGCUUCCUGUUACAGGAUGUGGCUAGAAGUGAGGAAGGAGGAGGGUGUGAUCAGGUCACGUCCCACCUCCGUCAUGCCCAUGGACCUGGUGAGGCCGCAUCCCCCAUUCGAGCUCUCUGCCGUCACUGUCCCUGCCGGCUUCCUGAGUGUCGAGUGGAAGCGGCACGAGCUGCCAGUGUACGGCCUCCAGUACGAGGUGCGCUACGCAGCGGAGGGCACCAGCACGCACUGGAAGGUCGCCGGACCCGUCUUCAAUGAGUCAGCCGUGGUCGCGGUCUCGGACCCGUGCCUGGUUUACACAGUCCAGGUGCGCUGCUGGCGCUCUGGGGGGGCCGGAUACUGGAGUGACUGGAGCGACCCCUGCAACAGCACCGUCCAGAGCUUCAGAGCCCCAGAAGAGGGACCCGAUUUCUGGCGAGUGAUUCAAGAAGAUCCUGAAUUGAAUCGGACCAACGUCACGCUGCUUCUGAAGCCUUUGCCAAGAGGGAACCCCCUGUUUUGUGUGGAGAGGCUUGAAGUUCGUCACCAGACCACCGGGGGCGCCAUGUGGUCAGAGAACCCGGGUUGGGUGUCCGGCUACACUUUCCUCUGGAGUGCGGGGGAGCACGCCGUCACCGUCAUGGCCGUCAAUGAGCUCGGGUCUUCGACCAGGAACACUCACAUGGCACUGAGCAGACGUCCCAAAACGCAGCCGGUCCGGGCUUUCGGCUCCACCGUGCUCAAUGGCAGCUGUGCUGUGCUGUCCUGGCUCCUGGAUCCGACGGUCCCCGCCCCAGUGUCCUUCGUGGUGGAGUGGCGAGGUCGAGGAGGCGCCGGAGAGCGGGCGGUCGGGGAGAGUAUCAGCUGGGCUCGAGUCCCUGCAACGACAAGCCCCUUCUAUCUGCACGAUGUGUUCUUUGAGUCGGAUGAAUACCAGUUCGUUCUCUACCCAGUCUUUGAACAUGGGGAAGGGGACCCCAUCUCCUCCAAAGGCAGGUCCAUGUCUAGCACUUUAUCUCCCUUAUGGGACCCCAUAUCAGCACCCCCUCAGAAGAACCUAUGUUCUGCCCGUAAUGGCUGCGUUCUCUUAUCUACCAUCAUUAAUUUCUUUAUUCCCCUUGCAGAUGUCAGGGGGCGCCCCGGCAGAGAGCAAGCAGUCUAUACGCUGAUGAUGGUCGUAGCUUUCCUGUCUGUGGCCCUGUUCAUGAUGCUGACCGUCUCCCAGCGCCAGAUGAGGAGGGUUGUUUGGAAAGAUGUUCCGAAUCCCAGCAACUGUUCUUGGGCCCAAGGCGUGGAUUUUAAGAAGGCAGAGAUUAUCGAGAACCUAUUUCGACACCCAGAGCUACUGACGUCCCACCCACUGCUCCUGGAGUCAGAGGCCAUCUCAGAAGCUGUGAUCGUGGAGGAGACCACACCCCCGGCUCAAGAGAAGAUCAGUGAGUCUCCUGGACACUCAGCCGUUGAAGAGAGCAGGGAAAUUCAGGGACUUGAGGGUUCGGCCCAGUCUAGGAUCACUUAUGCUACCGUCCUGCCUCCGGGGGCGCUCUGUCUUCUCUACAAGCAGCAGGAGAGUCUCAGUAGUAUCUCUGAUGAGGGCAACUUCUCAGCCAACGUCUCCGACAUCUCUGGGUCAUUUCCGGGGGCAGCAUGGGAGCCCGAGCAUCCGCAGGGCUCCCAGUCGCUUCUCCGGUGCUCUAGCUUGUACAACUCAGCCGAGGAGUACUCCGAGACCUCGGAGCGGGAGGAGGAAGAGGCCCCAGACAGGAGUGACACGGGGAGGAAGCUGUGCUAUCUGAGGAUGACCUCGCAGGAAGAAGGUGAAGAAGACAAUGGCCAGGAGGCGGAAGAGUUGGGGGCUAGGUUCCGGCAAGACGAUGUCCUGGCAGCCCUCCCUGGGCAGUGGCACAGGCUCCCCCAGGAAUCCAGCCCUCUGCUGGGUACUCAGGGAGGUGAAUGGGCCGUGGGGUCGGCAGUGAGUAACGUCCCGCUAUACAUGCCCCAGUUUCGAACUCUACCGCUUAAGCCAUCAAGUGCUGCAAUACACGAGACGUCCCUCCAGGGGUCGCCAACACUAUGACCGAUCCAAUACAAGGAAUCACUCAUGCUGCUCUCACACUCUCUUGUGACGCACCCCCACUCUCAUUACACCCUGCCCCAUGUCCAGGUGCCUCUAUCUCUUUCUGAAGGGCUGUGUACGACUUGUAGUUUUUAAAGAAACACUCCCGGUUUGCGUCUGACAGUGACAAAUCUGGCGUGGUCCAGGCAGGCGGGAUCUCACCAAGCGUGUGACCAUGCAGUGUCACACCACUGGAGGUGAAAGGGCAUUAUCACUACGGCAACACACGGGCGCAAAACUUCUCAAAGCAGAACCCUGCAGCAGAUGGCAUUAGACAUUAUCAUGGGUAAAGAGACUGCGGGUACAACAGGAGCUCGCCUGUCAAUUAAACCAACAUCACACGUCGAGUUCCACCUGAAUGUAUAUUUUUGUCGUUCUACGUACUGUAUCCUGUCUUUGAAAUGACCGUGUAAAAUAUGAUCUAUUUUCAGUAUUUCCCAUUUUCUACUGCAAGCAGAUAAUGAAUGCAAGAAAAAAACCUAUAAGGUUUUAAAUUACAUGAUUGUGCCAUUCAACUGGUAAAUACUUCAUAAGUGUCUACAUAAGUAGUUCGCAUAUUUUUGUGGUCAAAUAAAGUAUUUAUUGCCGA